AAGUAUAUGCAACAAUCACAAUAUUUUAACUAUUGUUUCUCAAGUACAAAACUACCACAUGCAACAAUGUGCAUAAUAUGUUCCCAAACAACAUAUGCGCAGUAGAGUAGGGUGGGGAAGAUAGGACGCCUUUUCAUUCUAUUUUCUCGCUCAAUUUCGCAGUAAACAAAGAACAUUCAAAACGUUAUAAAACCGCAUCCUUACUACUCCCCUAGACCGCCGUUAAUUGCUUUAAACACGAUCAGGAUAUUUGGAUAUUAUGUGGUAAUGGUGUGCCAUCUUUCCCCACAUAUAUAUUAUAAAUUGAUUGCGGCAACAUGUUAUGUAAUUACAUUUAUUUACAUUUUUCUUUAUCUCCAUCUGCGUAUGACCAACGAUUUCAAGUUAAUGCGCCUGCAGUCGGCAUGUAAAUCUAACACAGCUGUUUUUGACACUUCUGUCUUUAUAACAUUGCAUCAAAUAUCUCGCGACACAAUUUGGGUUUCGGUAUUGUUUAUGAACACUUGACUGCUAAAAUGUACGGGCUUAUACUAGACAGCAUGGCUGACUGCAUAAAGAAAAUGUACGGAGAUAAAAUAUGGCACAGAAUUGUCGGUUCUAAUGAUAUUUCGAAUACGUUUACCACGCACAAGGUAUACGAUGAACAACUAAUACCUAUGAUCGCUAACUCAACAGAAGAGUUGACAGGCGUGCCAGUGAAUCUGAUAAUGGAAGAAGCGGGAAAGCACUUUAUUGUGUACAUAGACAACAUUAGAAACGAUAGGAUAAUCAAGGUCCUUGGACGAACGUUUCGAGAUUUUCUUAAUGGACUAGAUUGCAUGCAUGAGUUUUACCGUUUUAGUUUUGCCGACAUUCAACCACCAAGUUUCCAUAUUUCGAAAGAAGAUGUAAACGGCCUUGAAUUACACUAUCGAAGUCGACGGACCUUCACCGGUUUUAUGUAUUACGUCAAAGGCCUCAUCCGUGCGAUAGCUGACAAAUUCUACUCGGUAGAUGUCGCUAUACACAUAACACAACAUGGAUUUACUGGCGACGUAAUGUUAGCUGUAUACAGGUUGGACUACCCAAACGACCUCCACAUAGUGUUUCAAAACUUGGUGACAGAGAAAAGGCAAUUUCGCCUCAACAAAAAACUGAUCUUUCCUUCAAAAUUGUUUUUUGAACAAUUCCCCUUCCACGUUGUAUUUGAUGAAAGGUUACAGAUCUUGACUACUGGGCACGGACUAAACAUAAUAUGUAAUGGAUUAAAUGGAAAGAGAUUGAAUGAAACGUUUUUUAUGACAAGGCCGCUUGGUUAUGACCUAACAUGGGAUAAUGUGCUUAUACAUCGGAACAACGUUUUUGAGCUUACGUCUGUCAAGUCAACGGCAAGAAUUAACAAAAAUACCAGUCAAAGAUUCGAUAGAUCCCUAACUCAUUUUAUUAAACUACGAGGCCAAAUGUUGUACGUAGAAGAAUGGGACUUCGUCAUCUUUUUGGCAACGUUUGUAAUGGAUGAUUUGGACAAGAUGUACGAAAUGGGUGUUUAUGUCAAUGACCUAACUUUCCACGACUUGAGUAGAGACAUGGUCCUACAUGGCUUGCAACAGACAACUGAGUACAAGCUCGCUUUAGAUUUAGAACAGGGAAAAAACUCUCGCUUGGAAGAGAUAAUUCGAACACUUGAAAAUGAACAACAAGUUACAGACAACUUGUUGUACAGCAUGAUACCAAAGGAAAUUGCAAGCAGUUUAAGAAAAGGGAACACCUCCGUUAGUCUCUGUGAGAAAUACGAAGACGUAACCGUUCUAUUCAGCGACGUCGUCAAUUUUGCUCACAUUUGUGAUCAUAUCGAACCUCAUGAAAUAAUGAAAACGUUAAACAAAAUGGUAAAGGUGUUCGACAUUCUGUGUAAAACAUUCAACACAUAUAAAGUAGAAACGGUAGCUGACGGAUUCAUGUGCAUCUCGGGGGCUCCCACGUAUGAUGAAAAUCAUACCAAAGUAAUGGCGGACAUGGCCAUCGAAAUGCUAAUAGGAAUUAAGACAGUUCUUGUACCGAAAUCUAGAGAGCCAAUCAAAAUUCGAAUUGGUCUUCAUUGUGGGGGUGUGGUCGCUGGUUUAGUUGGUCACAAGAUACCGAGAUAUUGCCUGUUUGGGGACACAGUGAACAUCGCAUCGAAGUUGGAAGCAGCUGGGAAGGCGGAGAGAAUUCAAAUCUCCCAAUGCUGUAAAGACAAGUUGGUGACGUAUGGAACUUACGUCAUACAAGAAAAAGAUGACGUAGGCAUCAAGGGCAGCAGAUCAAUCAAAACCUAUUGGCUUAACGGGAGACUGAGUAACCUGAACUUGAACAUAAGCUACGAUUUAGAAGAUAUAAACGAUAUAAGCCCAUACAACGCAGAUGAAGUUGACAAUAGUGAAGAAAAAGUGUCAAAACAGGGCAAAAUCGACACUGGCCCUGUGACAGGUCGACCUAAUGACCAAAAAUUGCACCCUACUCGUUUGCAGUCAAAGAAAAACGACAAAACCAGUAUUAUUUCGAGCGUGGCUACUGAAACGAAAGAAGACGAAAUUAAUAAGAUUCUGGAAACGAUUGAAACGCACACGGAUAAACAAGAAAUGGAGGAAGAAAAGGACGACGGGGGACAGGGCAUUGAAGAGCAAGAGAGCAAAGAGUCAGAUGGUGUUUUGGAAGAAAUUCCGAAUUCCACAGAAGACCACAAGUCAAGCAAAACUGUGGAAACAGUUGACAGGAAUGUAUCUACCGCGUACAGUAACCUAAUGCGAGUUAUAGGCCUUGAAGCGCCCUUAAAAGUCAUUGUGGAUAAAAACUGCACGAUUCUCACUGAGGGUAAAAAAGCGGAAAAACUUGACCAAGGAAUAAAUAACCUUCUUAAUAUACCGAAAGCAGAACAGAAGAGACAAAAAGAAGUUGCUGACGACACGAUGUCAACGUGCGUGUCCAAUAUGCCAACUUGGUCUGGGGAAAUGAAUGAUUCUGCGGUUACAGUGCUGGCCGAAACAGGCGUAGAUGAUGAAGAAGCUACAAAAAAUGUGUCAUCUAUUUGCAGUAUUCUUUAA